CAUAAGUAAGGUCCAUAUUUACAGGCACAGGAGCUUCCCUCUUCUCCUUGCUCUGGACUCGUUUCACUUCUCUUCCCUCGAGCCUUCUUCAAGGAGGAGUGCCUCCUUAGCAAAUCGAUGGCGACCCCUCCCCGGUUUGAAGUAGAACUGGAGGUGGACGACGAUGAGUUCUCGAAGCUCAUCAGAUGGACCAACUCCCCAAGGGUUGUUGUAGACAAUGAUUCCUGUUCUGAUGCAACAGUAAUCAGAGUGGACUGUGUCAACAAGCAUGGAAUUUUACUUCAGGUAGUUCAAGUCCUCACUGACCUGAAUCUUUUCAUCAGAAAGGCCUACAUAACAUCAGAUGGAAGUUGGUUCAUGGAUGUGUUUUAUGUGACUGAUAGAGAUGGAAGGAAAGUGUUGGACAAAGAGGUCAUCUCCUACAUUAAAAAGUCGCUAGAGUCAGAUGAUUUGUUCUUCCCUAAGUUGCGGAAUUCAGUCGGUAUAACACCCUCAAAUAAGCACACGUUGAUCGAGUUAGCAGGCUCUGAUAGGCCUGGCUUGCUAUCUGAAAUAUGUGCCGUGCUCGCAAAUCAGUCGUGUCAUGUGGCGAAGGCUGAGCUAUGGACACACAACAGCAGAGUGGCAGCCGUGCUUCAUGUUACGGAUGAGUCCACCAAGGGCGCAAUUGAAGACCCCCAAAGGCUCUCGAUGAUCAAGGAGCGUGUGUGCAAUGUGCUUAGGGGCGAUAAUGAUCCGAGAGCUGCUAGGAUGAUUGUCUCAAUGGGACUUACCCACCCAGAAAGAAGGCUGCAUCAGAUGAUGUUUGACGAUCGGGAUUAUGAGAGGGUUGUUGCUAAAGAAGUUGCGCAGGAUGAAUCAAGACCCAAAGUCACCGUGACGAAUUGUUUGGAGAGGGAAUACACUGUGGUCAUUUUGAGGUCGAGGGACAGGCCUAAGCUUCUUUUCGACACAGUUUGUACACUCACCGAUAUGCAAUAUGUCGUGUAUCAUGGCACCGUUAGUUCAGAUGAGGAUGAAGCUUAUCAGGAAUACUAUAUCAGAAAUGCCGAUGGCCUUCCCGUAAGUGAAGAGGUCGAACAACGACACCUGAUUCAGUGCCUUGAGGCAGCUAUAGAGAGAAGAUCCUCAGAGGGUCUAGCAUUGGAAUUGAGAGAAGAUGGAAAAUUUUCACUCCCAGAAAUCACGAGAGUGUUCCGUGAGAAUGGAUUGACGAUCCGAAGAGCAGAGAUCUCGCGAGAAGGAGCUCAAGUAGCGGACAACUUCUAUGUUUCUGAAACCUCAGGCAGUCCUGUGGAUCCUGAUAAAAUUGACUUGAUACGCAGACAACUUGGCCUAACAAACCUAACCGCGAAGCAGAACACACUGCAGCCUUCGAAUCCUCCCGAAGUUGUAAGCACUGUUAGUCUUUUCUUUGCCAAUCUCUUUAGGGUAUCGUUUCAGAGCUUCCGAUUGAUAAGAUCCUACUCAUGAAACCUCGACUUAUCGAUGGUAAGCAUUACAAAAGGGGAUAUCAUUAUUCCUAGAUCGUGCAAUUGUUUAUGGAUGUAAAUAUACAUUACAGAUUCAGAGAGGAUGUACAUACCUGACAUGAUUUGUUCGUAGAUUCUAUUAAGUGUAAGAGCUUGUUCUAAUGAUGAGCGUCGUGUUGUCAUGAACAUAUUGUUCUGUAAGCAAUGUCUAAUGCCCACACAAAAGUUGAGGUUCCAUGAGCUUA